AUGGCAUUCACAACAGGGUGUGGAGGAUGGAUGGAGCAGGAGGAGGACGAGGAGGAGCAGGAGGAGGACGAGGAGGAGCAGGAGGAGGACGAGGAGGAGCAGGAGGAGGACGAGGAGGAGCAGGAGGAGGACGAGGAGGAGCAGGAGGAGGACGAGGAGGAGCAGGAGGAGGACGAGGAGGAGCAGGAGGAGGACGAGGAGGAGCAGGAGGAGGACGAGGAGGAGCAGGAGGAGGACGAGGAGGAGCAGGAGGAGGACGAGGAGGAGCAGGAGGAGGACGAGGAGGAGCAGGAGGAGGACGAGGAGGAGCAGGAGGAGGACGAGCGGCGGAGUGACGAAGAAGAGGAGCCGCGGAAUGAAGAAGACGAGGAGGAGGAGGAGCAGAAUGGGACGGAGCAGCAGAAGCAGAGUGGGCCGGAGAGGCAGAGUGGGCCGGAGAGGCAGAGUGGGCCGGACAAGCAGAAUGAGACGGACAAGCAGAAUGAGACGGACAAGCAGAAUGAGACGGACAAGCAGAAUGAGACGGACAAGCAGAAUGAGACGGACAAGCAGAAUGAGACGGACAAGCAGAAUGAGACGGACAAGCAGAAUGAGACGGACAAGCAGAAUGAGACGGACAAGCAGAAUGAGACGGACAAGCAGAAUGAGACGGACAAGCAGAAUGAGACGGACAAGCAGAAUGAGACGGACAAGCAGAAUGAGACGGACAAGCAGAAUGAGACGGACAAGCAGAAUGAGACGGACAAGCAGAAUGAGACGGACAAGCAGAAUGAGACGGACAAGCAGAAUGAGACGGACAAGCAGAAUGAGACGGACAAGCAGAAUGAGACGGACAAGCAGAAUGAGACGGACAAGCAGAAUGAGACGGACAAGCAGAAUGAGACGGACAAGCAGAAUGAGACGGACAAGCAGAAUGAGACGGAGAAGCAGAAUGAGACGGAGAAGCAGAAUGAGACGGAGAAGCAGAAUGAGACGGAGAAGCAGAAUGAGACGGAGAAGCAGAAUGAGACGGAGAAGCAGAAUGAGACGGAGAAGCAGAAUGAGACGGAGAAGCAGAAUGAGACGGAGAAGCAGAAUGAGACGGAGAAGCAGAAUGAGACGGAGAAGCAGAAUGAGACGGAGAAGCAGAAUGAGACGGAGAAGCAGAAUGAGACGGAGAAGCAGAAUGAGACGGAGAAGCAGAAUGAGACGGAGAAGCAGAAUGAGACGGAGAAGCAGAAUGAGACGGAGAAGCAGAAUGAGACGGAGAAGCAGAAUGAGACGGAGAAGCAGAAUGAGACGGAGAAGCAGAAUGAGACGGAGAAGCAGAAUGAGACGGAGAAGCAGAAUGAGACGGAGAAGCAGAAUGAGACGGAGAAGCAGAAUGAGACGGAGAAGCAGAAUGAGACGGAGAAGCAGAAUGAGACGGAGAAGCAGAAUGAGACGGAGAUGGGUCUGUGCCUCCUGGAUGGCACUGCCAUAUUUCUUGCUGCUGUACAGGCAACUUUUCCACUGAGCACAUCAACAACAUUGGAAUCGAGGACAUCACCAGUCCAAUUUGCAGUGCUCACCUGA